AUGGCAAAGACCAGAGGAGGCCUUUCCGCCUCCCCAUCCUCACCGACACCGCGACCACAUCAAGCUGCCAUGGGAGCCGCAGCUUUGCCCCCUGUUCAGGUCCCGGCUAUUCCCCUAUUUGAGGGGGGAGCCCCUUUUCAGCGCCGAUACCCCACCAGCAGGCCACCCACGCACCCUGUGCAACCAGCAGAUCAAGCCACAAGACCUGCUUCUCGACCCCCUGCGAAGAGAACCAAGUUCUCGGGUCCUGGAGAGCCAUCCCAUGCGCCUCAGGCAGAGCCGCCUACAGAGGAACCUCGGAUUCCUGUGGGGAUUCCUCCCGAGACCGUUAUCAGGCGUCCCAUGAUAGCUGGACCACCGAUAGAGGGCAACCUGGAUUGCAGAGAUCGAUCCUUCCACUCCAAGACCUACUUUGAUAUAGAGAUUCAGCAGCAUUUGAGUAUGCAGACACCUUUUGGGCAUGAUAGGUCUGCACCAUCCGAGCCUCUAGUGCCAGAUAAGGAGAGCUUACCAGUUGAGCAGCCCAUACUAGAGGAGGAGAUCAGAGCAGAGCCAUCACAUGAUCCCACUACUAUCUGA